CCGGUCCAUUCUGAGGGUGAAAAAUCAUUUAAAAAUAUAUGUCUCUACCUUAUUAUUUAAUGUUUGGAUCGAUAUAUAUGAUGCCCAAGGACCAAGGUGCCUACUGCGUAGAGUCCCUUGUUCAUCAGCAAGAAGUGUCAGAAAACAGCCGGCGACACAGUUGAGGCAGAAGAAGCUUCUCUCGUCCUGGUGUUUGAGUUUCAGUAGGCAGCAUGGCGCAUGCUCAAGAAAUUCAGCUCCAGAUCAGAGGCAUUCCGGACAAGGAAUCCGUCCACGAAGACGCCGGUGAUGAACCCAAGGCCGACACGCGGUGGUCCACGAGAGUCAGCUUCCGAUGGUGGAUGACAGUGGUGGUGGACAUGCUCAUGGUUCUCUGUGGGACGACCGUGGCCACCCUCCUUGGCCGCCUGUACUACAACUCCGGCGGCAACAGCAAGUGGAUGGCCACUCUCACGCAGUCUGGUGGUUCGCCGCUUCUGGUCGUCCCGCUCCUCAUGACGCCGGCGUCCUCAGCGGACGAGCGCCGGCCGCCGGCGUCCAAGAUGUUUGCCGUGUACGCGGGCGUCGGGGUCAUGAUCGGCUUCGACAACCUCAUGUACUCGUACGCGCUGCAGUACCUGCCGGUGUCCACCUUCUCGCUCGUGGCCGCGACGCAGCUGGGCUUCAACGCCAUCACCUCGCGCCUCAUCAACGCGCAGCAGUUCACGGCGCUGAUCCUCAACUCCGUGGUCGUGCUCACCUUCUCCGCCGCGCUUCUCGGCGUCGGCUCCUCCUCCGACGAGACCUCCAGCGACGUGCCGCGCGGCAAGUACCCGGUGGGGUUCGUCCUCGUGCUGGCGGCCUCGGCGGUCUUCGCGCUCAUCCUGUCGCUCUUCGAGCUCAGCUUCGAGAAGGUGAUCCGGGUGCGGACGGCGCGGUGGGUGCUGCGGAUGCAGAUGUACACGAACCUGGUGGCGUCGGUGGUCUCCGUGGUGGGGCUGCUCGCGUCGGGGGACUGGCGGACGAUCCCGGGGGAGAUGGCGUCGUUCAAGGACGGGAGGGCGAGGUACGUGCUCACGCUGGUGGGCACGGCGGUGUCUUGGCAAGCGGCGGCAGUGGGCGUGGUGCGGCUGAUCAUGAGGGUGUCGUCGCUGUUCGCCAACGUGACGUGCACGCUGGCGCUGCCGCUGGUGCCGGUGUUCGCGGUGGUGCUGUUCGGGGACAAGAUGACGGGCAUCAAGGUCGUGGCCAUGCUCAUGGCGGUGUGGGGGUUCCUCUCCUACAUGUACCAGCACUACAUCGACGGCCGGCGGGCCGGGAACGCCGAGUGCCGCGUCUGCGCCACACGCACGGCAAGCGACACGCUCUUGCCCGCCUGAGGCUGAUCAAUGCUUACAUAUAUUCUGGUAUGUGCACAACAGCACAAGGCAUACAUUCAAGUACCCAACGAUCUAUUGUAUUUGUAGUCUCUGCCAGUCUAUUGGAAUAAUAACGAAUAGCAAGAUGCCUAGAGAUAGCAAUCAUUUUAAGGAAAAAAAAAACAUGCAAACUAGGUAGCAUUUUAUUAAAAAUACUAAUAAA